UAGACACAAUCUUCGAUUAGAAUUCGAAAAGAUGGCAAGGAAGUUGGCAACUGAGUUUAGCAAGUUUAAUAACAUUUGUAAACAUUUGAAGCAGUUAUUCAAAGAAACGAAGCAGUCUCUCAGAGAAAUAGAGGACAGUGGCUAUUUCGAUAAUAGCCAAUUAUUCAAUGUUAAGAUUCCAAAUGUAGACGAAGAUUUUAUUCAGAACAUCAUCAACCAACCUCUAGGUAUCAUCAUCCUUGGACAAAACUGUUGGGCUAAAGCAAGUGUUGUGAAUGAACUGUUUGGACAGCCUCUUCUGCCAACAUUCUCACCAGGUCAUGAUAAUGAAGAUGAAUGUUAUAGCUGGAGGAUGGUAAGCAAUGUUUUGUGU